AUGACGACGCUCAAGCGCGUCGACGGCAGCCCGGGCAAGGAGCCGCCUGGGUGGCUCGGGAAGAAGUGGGACGAAAAGCAGCAGCGGUACGUGGUCUGCCGGCCGGAUGAUCUGCUCAAGCGCUAUCACGGUGAGCUGCUGUGCACGCGCGGCUACAGCCCGCUCAACGACAACGAGCGCCUCCGAGCGCGGCCGCGUGCACCGCCGGUAGGAAGACCGGCGGGCCGCUCUACGGCGCGGCGGCCCCCGGUGGCGGCGGUCGGCACCCCGAAGCCGACCCCCGCCGCGCGCCUUCCGCAACCCUCGGGCUUCCAAUGCCAUCCAUACGGAAACCUGCCCCGCGACACGAACGAUGGCGGUCCCGCUGUUCCCGAUUCAUUUCGUCCGUCCAAUCGAAGGAAGCGCUGGAUCGCCCUUGCCACCGUUCUUCGUCUCACGUUCCGUGGUUUUUGCACCCUUUUAUCUUGCGCGGUCAAGAGGGAGGCUUAA